AAGAGGCUCUGCCCGACCGACCCAGCCAGCCAGCGCAUGAAAAGAGCGAAAGAGCAGGAAAUCUAACCUGUUUCUGUUCCUGCUUCUCCUCUCCGGCCACCCGCCCUCCUCUCCCACCACCCAAUCCGCGCCUCUCUCCCGCCGCCGCCUCCGCUCGUCCUCCCUCCCUCAUGGCGGCCACCCCGCCGUCAUCGCGGGAACCGUCGCCGCAGCCCCGGCGCCCCGCCUCCUCCGCCGCGGGAGCCGCCGCCGCCGCCGCCGGCAACGGCAAGCGCGGCGGGCUCCUGCUCGGCCGCUACGAGCUGGGCCGCGUCCUGGGCCACGGCACCUUCGCCAAGGUCUACCACGCGCGCCACGCCGACACGGGCGAGACGGUCGCCAUCAAGGUGCUGGACAAGGAGAAGGCGCUGCGGCACGGCCUGGUCCCGCACAUCAAGCGCGAGAUCACCAUCCUCCGCCGCGUGCGCCACCCCAACAUCGUGCGCCUCUUCGAGGUCAUGGCCACCAAGUCCAAGAUCUACUUCGUCAUGGAGUUCGUCCGCGGCGGCGAGCUCUUCGCGCGCGUCGCCAAGGGCCGCCUCAAGGAGGACACCGCGCGCCGAUACUUCCAGCAGCUCAUCUCCGCCGUCGGCUUCUGCCACGCGCGCGGGGUGUUCCACCGCGACCUCAAGCCCGAGAACCUCCUCGUCGACGAGCGCGGCGACCUCAAGGUCUCCGACUUCGGCCUCUCCGCCGUCGCCGACCAGUUCCACCCCGACGGCCUCCUCCACACCUUCUGCGGCACGCCCUCCUACGUCGCGCCCGAGGUGCUCGCGCGACGCGGCUACGACGGCGCCAAGGCCGACAUAUGGUCCUGCGGCGUCAUCCUCUUCGUGCUCAUGGCCGGGUACCUCCCUUUCCAUGACCAGAAUCUCAUGGCCAUGUACCGCAAGAUUUACAGAGGGGAAUUCAGGUGCCCCAGAUGGUUCUCCAAAGAUCUCACCAGCCUCUUGAAUCGGCUCCUUGACAUCAACCCGGAGACGAGGAUCACCAUGGCACAGGUCAUGGAGAGCAGGUGGUUUCAGAAAGGAUUUCGGCCCGUCAGGUUCUAUGUCGAAGAUGAUCAGGUGCACAGCUUGGGUGACACUGAGAGCAAAGAGCUGGGCCUCGAACCUACCGAGCCUCCUCCUCCUCCUCCACUGCCGCCGCCGCCACCGCAACAAGAGGAUGAUGAUUCCGGGUGGGAGUCCGACUCAUCCGUGGCAUCGUGCCCUGCCACCCUCUCAUCCGAGGAGCGGCAGGAGCGGCAGCGGCCUGCAGGACGUCUCACACGGCCUGCAAGUCUCAACGCCUUCGACAUCAUAUCGUUUUCAAAGGGAUUCGAUUUAUCAGGCCUCUUUGAGGAGCGAGGGAGCGAAAUGAGAUUCAUCUCAGCAGAGCCCAUGCAAACCAUUAUUACAAAGUUGGAGGAGAUUGCUAAGGUGAAGAGCUUCUCCAUCCGGCGCAAGGACUGGCGCGUGAGCAUAGAAGGCACCAGGGAAGGGGAGAAGGGGCCAUUGACAAUAGGGGCCGAGAUAUUUGAGCUCACACCGAGCCUCUUGGUGGUCGAGGUGAAGAAGAAGGCUGGCGAUAAGGAAGAGUAUGAUGACUUCUGCAACAAGGAGUUGAAACCUGGCAUGGAGCCUCUUGUGCACCACCAAACAGAAUCCGCUCCAAAUGUACUUUCUUAUACUCACUAGUUCUAAAGCUAGUUCUCUUGCUUGAGAGGAAUAUAAACAAAUUUUGGAUUAAAAGGAUGUGCCUUUACGUUGAAACAUGGGACCUGUGUAGAUAAAUGAUAUUCAUAUUUCCUCAGUCCUUUUGUACUGUUAUUAUCCAUUUACACAAUCCAAAAUGUUACUCCAUA